GGAGAGUGGUUGCUUUUGUCCCUCUUCAGUUGCUGUAGCUGUGAAGAUGAAUUGACGUGGAGUGUUUCCGCCUUGCGAUUGCAGAGAGGGUGUGUAGCUGAUUUUCAGGUGGAAGCGGGGAGCAAAACAAUUACAGACCGAGUCAGAGUGACAGUUACCCCACAGUCUAACACAGACUGACCCUCAUACCUUGACCUCUGUCCUUUUAUUCUGACACCAUGAUCAAAGCCAUCCUCAUAUUCAAUAACCACGGCAAACCUCGGCUCUCCAAAUUCUACGAACACUAUAGUGAAGAUACAGAACAGCAAAUUAUCAGAGAAACAUUCCACUUGGUCUCAAAAAGAGAUGAAAAUGUUUGUAAUUUCCUGGAAGGUGGAAUGUUGAUUGGAGGGUCAGACAACAAGCUUAUUUACAGACAUUAUGCUACAUUAUAUUUUGUCUUCUGUGUGGAUUCUUCAGAAAGUGAACUGGGAAUCUUAGAUCUAAUUCAGGUAUUUGUGGAAACACUAGACAAAUGUUUUGAGAACGUCUGUGAGCUGGAUUUAAUUUUCCAUGUGGAUAAGGUUCACAAUAUCCUGGCUGAGAUGGUAAUGGGAGGAAUGGUGCUAGAGACGAAUAUGAAUGAAAUUGUUACUCAGGUUGAUGCUGAGAACAAAAUGGAGAAGUCUGAGGCUGGUCUAGCAGGGGCUCCAGCACGGGCUGUGUCUGCUGUAAAGAAUAUGAACCUCCCAGAAAUGCCUCGAAAUAUAAACAUUGGAGAUAUCAGCAUAAAAGUGCCAAACCUGCCCUCCUUUAAAUAAUGUGGCUGCUUCCAGUACACAUGAGUUAACAAAUGUUUACGAUGCAACUGUUUACCAAAUCAAAGAAAGGUUUAACUUUUAUUAUCCAGAAAAAAAUGAAGGUACUGUGUGAUUUUUUUCCUUUUGUUUUGUACAUGAUCUUAUUGAAAAUUAAUGUUAUUUUGUCUUGCUUUGUGACUUUAUUAAGGAACUGGAAAGUUAUUGUGUGCUUUCUUAAUUGCAUUCCUCUGCCCCUCAAAAGGCAUGUUGCUGUGUCUUGGCUGCUCAGUAUUUAAAAAAAAAAAUCAUAUAGUAUUUAAAACAUUUCCAGGACUUUGUAAAACCAGUUCUACAAAUUAUUCACAUAUACAUUGUUUGGUUUCUAAACCUUCAAAGCAUUAUUUUUAUUUCCUUUUUUCCUGCUUUGCUUGUUAUUUUACAGUUGUUGCAUUUUUUUUUUCCUGUUGCAACGUAAUAAAGUAUUAAAAACAACUUUA